AUGGCGCAAACCACGAAACCCCAUACAUCUCCCCGCAAGCUCGAAGACCAAGCUGCUUUGGCCGCCUUGUACGUCACUAAACACAACACCUCAAAGGAUGGGCACAGAUACCUAGACGGCGACCAUAAAUUAUCAUCUGCAGGCGCAGCAGCAUCCCUCAAAUACGCCCAACCCAAAGACCUACCGAGCUACCCCAUCGCCGGCCUCAAAGAUCAGGAUUCAGCUGCAGGUGCAGCAGCGAGCUCGGGAUGGGCAAACCAGAAACCAUUUGAACAUUGGAAAUCAGAUCCCUCAGCUUCCGCGUCGGCCGCUGCCAUGCUGGCCAAGGAUUACAAGAUGGCACCUCUAUGGCAACCAGAAGCGAGCGCGGACGGCGCAAAAGCAGCCGUAUUGGCACACAGGGACGGUGGAAAGGUCGAAAUUUGGCAACCAGAAGCAAAUGCUUGGGGCGGUUCUGCCGCAGCCCAGGCAUUCAAAAAAUAUGGCGCGGGGACACUGUCCCCCCAACUGAACUAUGGAUAUACCGCGCUCGGCCGUCGAGGCUCACUUAUGGCUGCGACAGGUGCUAUGGCCAAUAGUAGAAAACGAGCAGAAUCGAAUCCCACACCUAUCGUAAAGGUCGAUACUUAUCCGGAUGAGUCAAGAGCCGCAAGCAAUGCUCUUAGUGCUGCUACUUCUUCGAUGAAGAAAAAGCGUCCCACUGGCCAUAUUGAGGGUGGAUCUGUUCCUUUUACUAAUUUGGGAAGAGAAAUGUACACUUCCCAUCCUCCAGUGGCACCUGAGGUGGAGGAGCAGAACAGAAACAAUGUUCUCCGUGCCUCUGCUGUUGCGAUGGCGAAGCAAAUGUACAAUGACCAGCAGACUCACAUUGACGCAGCAACUGACGCUCACCAUGGAGCAGUUGCCGCACAUGGCCGGCACGGCUCAGUUUCGACUACGGGUGAGGAAGCGACACCGAUGAGCCUUGUCAAUCUUCAAGAAGCAGCUCAAAGGCUCGCUCAGGAGCGUCUUGCGAAAUUGCACGACGAGCAUGCAAAGAACAGAGAGUACCGCGAUUACUACUCGAGCGAAGGUGCUGCUGCCACUUCAAAGCAUAGUUCUUAUGCUCCUCCUUCCAAAUUGACAAUAAGAGGCAGGCAGAGGCGCCGAGCAUCUAGUACUGGAACCGUGGACAGUGAUGAGGAGCAGUCCAACAGGAUCCGCGCACAAAUGUCUAUGUUCUCGAGCAACUUGUCCCAGGUCGAUACAAAAAAACGACAGCACGACAGAGAAGCGCUCAUCGCCGCAGCUCAGCGCAAUGUAACAAAAAGCCUGCAUGGAAUGGACGAAAGGGUUUUUGCGGACACAGGCAAGAUUGGCCCAUCUCUCCUCAGUGAGUGGGAAGUCAAGGCACAUGCUGCAGCUCAAGCGAAGAGUGAUACUCGUAUGGAAAACUAUGGCAAAGUUAAUAUAGGGGGUGGGAAGUUCGUCAAUCAGAGCGCAAUUGACCUGGUUGCUCAGAAGAAUGUUCAGCCAGUCUUGGAUGAAAUCAACGAGAAGGCCGAGCAACAGCGGGUUCGACAAGCCGAGAUUCAGUUGGAGCAAGAUACGCAGAGACGAAAGGAUGCCGAGAAAAAGACGCAGGAGAAAGAAAAGAAGGAUAUCAAUAAGCAGUUGAAGCAAAAAGACAAAGAAGAACGAAAGGGCAGGGAGGCUGAAGAGAAAGCUGCCAUGGAUGAAGACAAGCGCCUCUCAAAAGAGAAGCGCAGGUCCCAGAAAGCUGAUGCGAUUCCUGUAGUUGCAACCACUACCACAGCCAGCGGCGAAGGCGCAGAAGUAACGCCUGCAUCCCCUGAGCCGGUCGCUGCCAACCCCGUCACAGCCGCUGGCCCAUCACCAAUUCGUACUUCCAUGGAAGAUCAAGCCAGUCUGCGCAUCCGCGAGGCCGCCUCCUCAGCCAAUAAAGAUGAGCCAACGCCAAUCAACACCUCACCCACCUCGUCCAAAGACGACGGUAAGGUCAAGAACUGGCUCAAGAACCGCUUUUCCCGCCGUCAAUCCCGUGGUCAGAAAUCGGGCCCCGAGGAACCAGAAACGAACAAUCAAACUUCUUUCGUCGGCGGCGCUGCUUUGACAGGCGCUUCUGCGAAUAACUCUACUGUUAGUCUUGGGCAGAAGAGCACGGGUGUCACAAGCCCACUCACCAGCCCCGCUGUCAAGGAUGAGGAACCUGAAGAUGAGAGACUUGGAAGGUCUGUUAAGCGUAAGGAUAGUGAUGUUAGUGAGCUGAGCGAAGCCGACUUCCAGGAGGCGAGAGAUGGGUUUGAUGAGGAUCUGGCACCUCCGCCUACGUUUGUUGCGGGGAAGUCAAGUAGUCCGGCGAGAGAGACUAAGUUUGUUGAGGCUAUCUAG